AUGACCGUCUUCGUCUGUUCGCUGUUCCUCCCAAAAACGAUCCAAUUCAACCUGCCUGGCACGCCUCCUCGAAGAAACACCCUGCAGCGCCGGUCGAAGACGACAAUCCCGCCGCCGCCACUGCCCACGGCGCCCGUCAUUGAGACACAGCCAAGUCUCUUUAGUCCGCGACCAGUCAUCACCCCCCCCCGCACUCCUACUGGUGAGACAGAGUCGCCGGACCCUUUCGCGAACGAAGAUGGCCUACGUAUCCAGUUUCCACACGAGCUUGGGUCUCCUACAGAUGAAGUGGCAUCGCGCUGGGGAACCCGCGCGAACCAGCCCUUGUCUCGAGCCAACUCGCCCCCUCCAGCCGAAAUCUUUGAGCGAGACCGGACCCUGGAGAAGGCUCGUGAGCUUGGUCGUCGAGGCUUGCUACAACCCAAGACACAUAUGCGCAGUGACAGCCACGACCGUGUAUUUUCCUCGGCCCCGUGGAGGGUCGUGGAUGCCGAUCAGGGCAAUGGCGGACUGCGCAAUGCUGCAGAAGCCGCAGCUCGGGAUGGAAAACUCGGUGAUUACACUUGGGUAGGAACAUUGGGGAUGCCUACCGAUGCCCUUGAGGGCACGCAGCAAAAGUUGGAUAUCGAGGAUACUCUGACCAACGAAUACGAUAUGAUGACUGUAUUCUGCUCUGACAAAGACUUUGACGGGCAUUACAGCCACUUUUGCAAGCAAAUAUUGUGGCCAGUCUUCCACUACCAGAUCCCGGACAACCCCAAGAGCAAGGCUUACGAGGACCAUUCUUGGAAGUACUAUGUCAACGUGAAUCAAGCCUUCGCGGAUAAGAUUGUGCAAAACUGGAAGCGAGGCGACGUUAUUUGGGUACACGACUACCAUUUGCUACUGGUCCCCGGCAUGGUACGAAAGAAACUUCCCGAUGCCAAGAUUGGCUUUUUUCUGCAUGUUGCCUUUCCAUCCUCCGAAGUGUUCCGCUGUCUCGCCGUUCGCAAGGAGCUUCUAGAGGGCAUGCUCGGAGCCAAUCUCGUUGGAUUCCAGAUCCAGGAAUACACCCGACACUUUCUGCAGACUUGCAGCAGAAUACUUAGUGUUGAAGCUACCCCUGAAGGUAUCGAAAUGGAAGACCGGUUUGUCGAUGUUGUCAACACUGCGAUAGGAAUUGACCCAAUAAGUCUGGAUAAGAAUCGUGGCGAGCGAGACGUGUUACGAUGGCUGAAUAUUCUACAAGAGAGAUACAAAGGCAAGAAGCUCAUUGUAGCUCGCGACAAGCUGGACCAUGUGCGUGGUGUACGCCAGAAGCUCCUGGCUUACGAAUUGUUCUUGAAUAAGAACCCACAGUGGCGAGAGCAUACUGUUCUAAUCCAAGUCGCCCUGUCUUCCAGUCAAAAUAGCGACUUGGACGCCACAGUUUCGGACAUUGUCACUCGCGUCAAUUCUUCGUGGGCCAACCUGGCUUACCAGCCUGUGGUGUAUCUCAAGCAGGAUAUCGACUACGCCCAGUACCUUGCGCUUCUUACCAUUGCCGACGCGCUCAUGAUCACAAGUCAACGCGAAGGUAUGAAUUUGACGUCUCAUGAGUACAUCUUUUGCCAAGACGGCAAGAUCUACCCAAACCGCAAACACGGGUCUCUGAUUCUCUCCGAAUUUACGGGUACUUCAUCUCUGUUUAGCAAAAGCGAGCUGUCCGUCAACCCCUGGGACUACCGCCAGUGCGCUGACGCCAUCAAGCAAGCGCUUGAGAUGGAUGAUGACGAGAAGACACGCCGGUGGGAGAAUCUGCACCAGUCGGUUGCUCAACAUACUGGCUCUCACUGGUUUGCGGAACUUCUUUCUCACCUCGAUCGGGCCUACGAGGAACAGCAUAAACGCGCUCAGACAUCUGUGCCACGGCUUUCCAUUCAGGACGUCUGCAAGAGGUACGAGGCGUCGAACCGUCGCCUUUUUAUGCUUGACUACGAGGGGACGCUCGUCAGCUGGGGUCCCGUCAACCAGAUCAUCCCCGUCAGCCCACAGCGGACCCUUGAUGUGCUGAAUGACCUGCUUUUGGACGAGCGGAACAUUGUCUACGUAAUGUCUGGCCGCCGGCCGGAAGAAGUUGACCGUGUGUUCCGACGGGUUCCUGGCCUUGGCCUCAUUGCUGAGAAUGGUUGCUUCAUCAAGGAUUGCGGCUCUGAGAAGUGGGUUGAGAUGUCUGACAGCGCGCAUAUCGACAACUGGAAGGCAUCAGUCAAGGAUAUUCUGCGAUACUACCUGGAGCGAACCCCAGGCGCAGAAGUCGAGGAACGCCACUGCAGCGUGCUCUUUCACUAUGACGGCGCCGAAGACCAGGAGGCUGCAGCCCGUCUCGCUGCUGACUGCGCUAGCCAUGUCAACGAUGCUUGCGAGUCGCAGCGGGUGCACGCCAUCGUGCUGGAUGGAACGAUUGCUGUCGAACCGUUGGACUGGACUAAGAGCACCGCUGCCCACAUGGUAUUUGAGAAGCUGCUUACCACCCAAGCUUGCUCGGAAGGCAAAGGCGAGGGUAAGAAGCCAAUCGACUUUCUCAUGGUUGUCGGCGACGGCAGGGAGGAUGAAAAGGUGUUCAAGUGGGCCAACAAACUCGGCAAACGACGCACAAUCGACAAUGUCGUCACAGUCAGCCUUGGUAAUAGAAGCACGGAGGCGGCGGCUACAUUAUCACAAGGUGUGAGCGGUGUCCUAAGUUGUCUACAACGACUUGCCUCACUCUAA